CAGAUCAACGUCUUCGUAACACAUAUACAUAGAAAUCAUUUUCAUAUGGCACUAAGUUUGACAGCUGAUCGUUGACUGUCCUUCCCGUUCAACGAGUGACAAAUUUACUGACAUUUUGCGGCGUGGAUGAUGUCUGUGGGUCUUUCCCAAUCUUUGCAGCACGACAAAGAGUAAACGUCUUCGUUGGAAGACGGGGCAGUUCAGUGGUCAGGGAAACCUGCAGUGAUGCACGUAGCAAGGUAGACAAGAUUCUGGCUUUCUGUCUGCCACUGGGUUGGAGGCGAAAUCUUUGUCUGCCGCAAUGUUAAAUUCUGAAAAGUGGAAAGCACUACUGGAGUGUUUCUGCUAAGUCUUUUUACGAUAAGUUUGGACGGUGCUGUGAGUUUUAUCCAGCUGUCUGAGGGCCAUGCAGUGGAACCCUAUAGAUGCCGGCCCCGCCUAACCAUGGACAACGAGCUUCCCCGUCAGGAACUGGUCAAGUGCGUAGUGGUAGGAGACAGCUCCACGGGCAAGACGCGCCUGAUCGUUGCCCGGGCGACCAAGCGGGCCAUGACCCGGGCUCAGCUCUUCCAGACUCACAAGCCUUCUGUCUGGGCCAUUGAUCAGUAUCACCGCUGCCAAGAGGUGCUGGAGAACUCUUGGGAGGUGAUAGAUGGAGUCAGCGUGUCGCUGCGACUGUGGGACACAUUUGGCGACCACGAGAAGGACCGGCGCUUUGCCUAUGGCAGAGCUGACGUUGUCCUCUUGCUCUUCUCGGUUGCCGAUGCCGUCUCCCUCCACAACACCACCCGUGUUUGGCUACCAGAGAUUCGCCACUUCUGCCCGCGCGCUCCCAUCAUCCUGUGUGGCACGAAGAACGACCUGCGCUACGCCGACCUAGAAGCCCUGCUCAAGGAACGAGGGCCCGUCAGCCACCAGUGCACCAGGCACCGACCUUUUGACCCCAAAGGGAUAGUUUCCCCCUCGGAGGGCAGGCUCAUUGCCAAGGAGAUCAACGCCUUCUAUUACGAGUCCAGUGCCUACACACUGUAUGGCGUGGAUGAGGUGUUCGACAACGUGGUCCGGGCAGCCCUGAUCGCCAGGCGACAUCACCGCUUCUGGCAGUCCAACCUUAAGAAGGUUCAGAGUCCCCUCCCUCAAGCCCCCUACUUGCCCCCCUGCCCCAGCGAGCCACGUAUCGUGGUGCCGCCGUCCACCUACAAUAACGACAUCUCCAGUCUGUUGAAGGACCUGACGUGCGCGGACGUGACCUUCGUGGUUCAGGGUGAAUACAUUCACGCUCAUAAGGUGUGCCUCAUAGCAGCCUCAUCCGUCUUCCACGAUCUCUUUAUGUUGGACCUCUCGGACCAGCUGGACAGUUCAUCAUCCUCCCAGGAUCCAGAAGGGCAGUCCUAUGACCCUGGCCAGCAGCAGCACUGGUCCAGCCCCGUGCCCGUGCCCCAGCAGCACAUGUCCACCUCGCCGGACAUCAUCGAGACCCCUCCCGACAACUCAGAGCAUCACCGCCUCCCUCAAGCCCACCCGCACCACCAGCGAAGCAACUGCGACAGAGACCACACCUCCUUGCUGGAGGAUGGCUGCCUGAGUUUUUCGCCUAACGGCAACACCUGCCUGAUCUCGGUCCGCCCCAAGACCAGGGCCCUACCCACCGGGGAGACGCCAUCCCCACCCCAGCUCUCGGACCCGUCGGAUUUCGAGGACUCCAUUGAGGGGGACGAGGGCUUGACCAGCCUGACCGUAGUGCCUGCCAGCCUGCGCUACCUCCCCAGCAAGGUCCUGAGCCACCCGGCCUUCCACUCCAUCCACCUGCAACAGGCCGAGGACCCCAUCACGGGCCGGCCCAAGCUACGCAGCGUGGUGGUGCUGAACUACAAGAUCACGCCCGAGGCCUUCCGUGCCGUGCUGGGGUUCCUGUACCUUGGUUCCCUCAGCCCCGAGAAGUACACCAACCUGAGCGACGUGAUCACGGCGGCCUCACUGCUGGACCUAUCCGACUUGGUGUCAGCCAUCGCAAACAUAAAGCAUCAGGAAGAGUACAUGAAUCUGGAGAUUGCUGAAGCCUUCUUGGAGAAUCGGAGAGACCGAUUCAGGGAGCUGUUUGCAGACAAAGGAUUCCUCUCAGAUAUGGUGAUCAAGUUGGACGACGGUGCCGUGGUGACCCACCGGAGCCUGCUGAUGGUGCGCUGCGACCCUAUGCUUGCCAUGUUAAGCAGGCACUUCAAGGAGCGACCCUGCCAAGAGGUCAUCCUGCAGGGAUUCAGGAAGAGUACCUUCAAGGCGGUGCUGGUCUACCUGUACACGGACCAGUGCCCGGAGCAGCUGACCCGCAGCGAGAUGCUGUCCGUCAUCGAGCUGGCCAACUUCCUGUGCCUGCCCCGCCUGGUGGCGCUGGCCGAGCAGUGCCUGGUGCUCAGCUUCCGGGAGGAGGCGGCCGAAAAGGACGGGGACAUCGGGGAGAACGUUUCCCACCUGCUGGAUACGUGCAAGGUACACAACGCCAACCAGCUCUACCACUGGUGCAUCCACCACAUGGCCAUCCACUACGACGCCAUCAGCAAGAAGCACCCACGCCUGCUUCGCGACAUCAGCCAGGAGGCGUGCAAGGAGAUCCACUGCCAGCGGUGGCCGCCGCUCUACUACCUGAACGAGAUCGAGGAGUACGAGCAGCAGCAGCGGGAGAAGAAGCGGCUGGCCGACCGCAGCAAGAAACACAAAUGGUGUCUCAAGUGAGGAUGACGCGCAUCCCCACCCUCUCCACUGCAGGACGUCUUUUUUUCCGCACAUCGCUCGGGCAUCAUCUGAUAAUGUCUCCACCGUAUUAAAGUCUGUAAAGUCAUUGGCUACAUUUUGGUGUAUUACGGUCCUGAGCCUACAAACAGCAGGAGUCAGGCCCAUGGGUAAGCGAGAGCAUACCUGUAGUCUGGAUCAGUCUGGGAACACACCUCUACAUCGCGCAGUUAUUUCAGGAUGGCAGAAAGUAAAUGCUUAGGGCCUGUUUGUUUCACACUGAUUUGGAUCACGAUCAGUGAUCCCAUAUAUUAGGUAGGUUCUGUUGUAAGUGAACCAACAUUAGAUCACUGAUCACGAUCCGAAUCCGCAUGAAAUGUACAGGACCACAGUUGAUCACUUGAUGUGAUUGGAGAGCAUUAGCUCAUGCAAAUAUUUUCCUGCACCCGUGAGUAUGAAGAGUAGCCCACAUAAACGCAGCCUUAGAUUUCUCACUUUGUCUUGAGUGGUUUGAGGAUCUGUGCUUAGAGAGGGUCGCGGAUUAAGGUCAGUUUAUGACGCCAUUUUGUGUCCAUAGUGGUGGCUUGUGGUAUGUAGCAUUGCACUGAUCAAUCAGGAAAAUGAGAAAUGAAAGACAAAUGUUGAAGGAUUGAUUGUUUCGUAUGCAGAAUGCACACUUGUCUGUGGAUGCACGGCUGACUUUAUGACCAAAAUGGCUUCCAGUCUAAAGUUGUCGCAACUCUUUCCAUGCACGUCUUCAUUGAUUCAGAAUACAUGUUGCCUGCUCAGAGGUUACCAUAGCCUGAUGGGAAGAGACAGAUCAGAUCGAUCACUGCAGAUGAGAUUGAUAACUGCCGAUCAGAUUUUAUUUUGGCUGCCAAUCUGGUCUUGUAAAAGCUUGAAAUAAAAGAAAAAAUUCUUUGACUUAUAAACACCAAUAUGCUAAAUUGGCCUUAUCAAGUCUAACAAACUAUAUAGGCCAGGGCGGACAUCCAGGACAUUCACAAAAUCAUGGGUAGCAACCACACCGCACCGAUGGAAACAACUGCAAUGAGCACGCGCAUACGUACCGAUCAAAGAAAAGAUUGAGUAGCUUGAUCCUCUGACUGGCUGGUUAGUGCGUGUCACCAUGGUCGCUGUUGUUUUCACCAGCAUGGUGUGGUUGCUACCCACCAUUAACCACUUCCUGCCAGGGAUUCCGGUACCGGAAACGUAUUCUUUGUAUGCAUGGCUUUGGUCUCCAAAUUGGACAAAGGGAACUGGGCCUUGUAACAAAAGACCGUACUCGGAACAAAAGACCAGGCUGCUGGGAA